CAGAAACCGCUUGCAUCGGAGAAUAUACAACUGAACUCGGCUGCUGGUCCCCAAUGCGUCGAACAGUUCCGGACGGCAGUGUCACAACAGUAACACCACCACCAGCAGCUACUUGCAACGGCGAAUAUGCUACUGAAGUCGGUUGCUGCUCACCAAGGCGUCGGACGAUUUCAAACGGCAGUGUCACAACCGUAUCACAACCACCAGCAGUCGCUUGCACCGUUGGACUUGCAGCCGUACUCGGCUGUUGUCCAUCGUUGCGUUGCUCUGUUCCGGUUGGCCGUGUCACAAGAGCAACACUACCACCGAAUGCAGCCGACACCGUUGAUGAAGCAGAUGCCGUGGCUAGUUGUCCCUCUUCAAAACGCGUAACUGCUCGCACAUCUAUACAAGCCGGGAUCCGGCCUAAACAAAACAACAGUUCAUCCCGGUCUCCUUCAACUAGACGCGCUUCGUUCCCCGGUGAAGACAUGAUGUUUUUGCUGCACAUAAACACAAAAAGUAAUACCCUGUAAACUGUAACAUAUAUCGAUUUAUAACACUGUCCUAAUGCUGUUGUAAACGUUUUGAAGCAGGUUUUGUGAAUGAU